AUUAUCCACGGCCUCUCCAUCUCCACCUGAAAGGCUCAAACCCAAAAAGCCCACCAACCUCUGCGUCCCCGUCGCCGGCGACCACCACCAUGUGCGCCGCCGCCGCCGCAGCCGCCACCGCGGGGAUCAUCUCACCGCCUACACCUAGUCUCCUCUGGGCGAACACCAGGGCCACCUUCGUCUCCUUCCCGCGGCGAUCGCCUCCCACGACCUCCCUCCUCUCGGCCUCCUCCGCCCCGGCCCCCGCCCCGCCGUCGGCCAACCCCAAGUACCACAACGCGAAGGUGAACGCGGGCGACGAGGAGGUGGACGGGGAGGAGCUGCUUCAGCGGUUCAGGCGGGAGGUGGCCCGUGCGGGAGUCAUGGAGGAGAUCAGGUGGCGGCGGAGGCACGAGGACGCCCGGGACAAGCGCAAGCGCAAGGCCCGCUCCGCCGCCCGGAGGUUUCGCCGGAGGCAUUUCAAGGGUCCGUACCCAUUUGGUGACGAGCAGGAACCAAAGGAGGGGAUCAUGGAGGAUGAUAAGCAUGACAAUUGGGAGCUUCCUGGAGGAGAGCUCCCUUCUUACAGAUGAACCGAUAAAUGACAUUGAUGUUCUUUUGGAGCUCGCUUCUUACAGAUGAACUUAAAAAUGGCACUGAUGUUUUCUGUCUGACGAAGGAUUUCGAUUCUUCAACUUCAGUUCCUCUUUCUUCUUCAGCAGUAGAGUGAACUUACCCAACACAACCCUAGUUGAUCUGUGACCAAUAUUUAGUGAACUUGCAUUUCUAGGUGUAAGGUAUAGUUGUUAUGUGGCAAAAUACCUAGUCUGAACCGAUUCCUCUGUUGUGUGUUAAUUGCCAAUUUGCUUCAUGUGCCUUUGCCUUUUUCUCUGCUUAACUUCUGAUCCUGCUAGUGCUGCUGGUGACUUACAAAUUGCAGUGAAGUGAUGUUGGUUUAUACUAUUACAUGAAGUACAGCUCUUAUUAUUUUCUUGGAUUAUAACACAUAGCUAAUGGGCCAAAUUCAGUGACCCCAAAGUUGGUAGGAUUUGGGGCUCGAAAAGUCUACAUUGCGAAAUUGUGUGGACAAGUACUGCAAAUAAUUGAGAUUUGAUCAUCAUCUUGUUGUACUAAUUGUGAAGUGCACGCUUGUGAUGGACAGAACGACAUGGAGAAAACGAUAAAGAAGAGGAAAGGAGAACGAACAGGAAGUCUCGUGGCCUAUCCCCAUAUGCAUACCAUAUUGCCACGCAUAUUCCGGCAUUAUUAGGCAAAUGAUUGGGACUUCGAUUAUUCUUGUUAUUUCUCCUGUUCUUUUUUCGUUGUCUUUUUGGGUUGAGCUGGCAAAUAUACAGUUGCUCAAUAGUUUACUUGCAGAAAGCUCGAAUGCUCCAGCACAUCAACAGAAAGCUCAGAUUGCUUCUGGAAUUAAUGUCAGCAACGCUGCAUCCGAAUGCCUAACUGUGGACCCACCACUCUACCUGUAUUUCUUCUUCCUCUCUCUUUUUUUUCCUUCCUUUUUUGAUGUCAAUUCUCAUCAUCUUUUUUUUUUGUUUGUUGCUUUUGUUCUGUGAUUCUCUGUUGGUAAGAAAGAAAGGAUUCUUUUAUCA